UUUAGCUUCUGCCGACGGCGGCGGCAUUCGGCGGGUAUCGCGCUGACGGUUAGUAGCGUACGUUCGCGGUAUUACCUCGUGCUCGUUAUCAGUUCGACAGGCUUGGCUUGAACUGUGCGCCCCCUCACCACGCAAAAACGGGUUCGCCUUUCGUGGCACUUCUGGUGGCGUUGCUAAGCUGCGCUUAUCUGUACACCGCGCUGCUUGAGGCGUUUUCCAGCUGGAUGCACUCCAUCCUGCGGUGGAAAAUAAACGCCUCGCUGAGCGGGAAAAGCGUACAGCAGCCGGCUGCGGUCGGUCGGUCGGCUCUGCAGCGUGAACAUUGUUGCUCGGUAAUCGCGAAUUUUCGUACCCGUGUGUGUGUGUGUGAGUGAUUGUGCUAGUGGAUAUAAGUGCGUAUGUGUGAAACAGCAUCAGUACGGUUGGAUCUUUUAUGAAGCUGCUGCAUUCUGAAAAUAAAAUGUCUGCCUUCAUGCCAGCCACCGUGCAGCUCACGCCCGGAAAGCAAAGCUGGCCCGUGUGAGUUUACUGUCGGACGGAGCCGGAUCAGCAGAUUGUCCGGGAAUUGGCGUAAACUUACCGCAACGUGCCAUGGUAGAUGCGUGGUGAUUAAAUGCGCCCGUGGUUGCUGUUGUGCUGCUGCGAAAAGAAGGCGAUAGCCGUACGUGAGUGUGUGUUGUGUUCGACGAAAAUGAUCAAAUAUUCAUGCUAAUAGUGAUGAUGAUGAUGAUGAUGUUGAAGAUCUUUGUGAUAGUCGGCGCGUAAAAUGUGUGCGGUGUAGAAAAGUGUGCUUUAACAGCUUUAAAAAAGAGUUCAAGUGUAGUGAGGAUUAGAGUCAGUGAAGGAAAAAGCGGUUAGCCGGUGAAGACCAAGUUUUGGAGUAAAAAAAAGAGGUCAGCGGCUAUCGGAAACCACGAUAGGAUCGAAAAGGCUUUUUAAUGUUGAAAAUAGUUUACAGCUCGUGAGCAUCGUACAGUGCUUGCUGCAUCCUUAUCGCGGUAAAUUACCCAUCCACACCCGGGGCCAUUUAGUAGUGAAAUCAAACAGUUGCGUGCUUCGACAAAAAUCGUCUGGAAUACAAGAAAAUUCUUGAUUAAAAAGUUUAUAAUUUCAUAUUUUUUUAAAUUUUGUGUAGUGUUGUGUUAAAGUGAGCAAAAGUCCUAGUGAAUCAUUCAGCAUAGCUUUACAAUACAAGUGAACUCUUCGCCUCAGUCGAGAGUGACAAGGUGAAGAUCGUACACAGGUAAUUCAGUGCCCAUUAUGCAGCGUGUGGUGCGUUGGAAUUGAAUUGUCGUAGCCGAGUCAGGAAUAUUAAUUGCAACCGUGAAUUGAAUCUGUCAAUUCGCAUUGGGGUUAGCGAGUGGGAGGUGGGUUAUGUGGUACGCGGUAGGAUCCCAUCACCAACGCCCGGCCCAUGCCAUACCGUGUCAUUCGUGUGCGUAGAAUGGCCGAUCCUCAUGCGGGGAACCGGUAAUGUUCCCCCAUUCGUUAACCGCACUGUACAAUGCAGGCCCACGAUGGGCCAAAGCGAUCCUACCGCCACGACCGUCAGCAGCACCAGAGGCAGCAGCAGCAGCAGCCGCAGCAGCAACAAACACCGGAACCGGAGGUGAGCAGCCGUGUCACGUCCUGUUCGGGGUUCGUGCUGCAAGCGAAACUCGUCCCAAUCCGUGCCACGAUCUGGCUGUGGGUGCUCUGUGCCUGCAGCUUCGUCGUCGUGCCUGCCCGGGCAGGGCCACGCUACAGUUCGCGUAUCGUCGAUACAAAGUCGGGCGCCAUCCGGGGCGUUAUCCUCGAGCUCAACUCGAAGCACCUCGAGCCAGUGGAGGUUUUUAAAGCAGUACCGUACGCGACACCACCGAUCGGAAGUUUGCGCUUUGAGCCACCGAAGAAACUUCCACCGUGGAAAGGAACCAAGCUGGCAGACACAUUCGGAUCCGUGUGCCCACAGAGUUUCCCGGACAUCAGCAAUCGGACGGCGGCACUACUCUCGAUGCCGAAGGGGCGUUACCAGCAUCUGAAGCGACUGCAGCCAUUGCUGGCGAACCAGAGCGAGGACUGUCUGACGCUCAACAUUUACGUCCCCGGAAGCGGAAGCCGCGGACUGGAGGCACCCUAUUCAAUUUUCUUCUACAUCCACGGCGAAGCGUACGACUGGGGUUCCGGCAAUCCGUACGACGGUUCGGCCCUGGCCAGCUACGGUCACGUCAUAGUUGUUACAGUCAAUUUUCGUUUAGGAAUACUCGGUUUUCUAAAAACUCGUGCCUCACUGUCACCCGGUUCCGGCGGUAAUCUAGGAUUAAUGGACAUCAUUCUCGCUCUGCACUGGGUUCGAGAUAACAUUGCGUCGUUCGGCGGUGACCCGAAGCGCAUCACCCUGGUCGGGCACGAUACGGGAGCGGCCCUCGCGAAUCUCGUCCUUAUCUCCAAGUCCGGAAAGGGAUUGGUGCAGAGGGCAAUCCUGCUGAGCGGUUCGGCACUCAGCCCGUGGGCACUCAUCCCGGACCCGGAUGCGAUACGGCUGGAAGUGUCUCAGCAGAUGGCGUGCCAUCUAGUGCCGGGUCGGAAUGGUCGCAAACCUUCGACGGAUGACAUUACCGAAUGCCUGAGAGAUAAGCCGAUCGAGGCGCUCAUGGGCGUACGGCUGACCAGCGUUCGAUUCAUGCCUUCCUGGGGCCCCUUCCUGCCCCUGGAGGACUCGAUGGAUCCGGAGUUUGCGAUGGAACAUUCGGGCGAAGGCUUCAUCACGAGCGAGCUAAUGCUGGGCAUGAGCACCACCGAAAGCUACAAUGACUUCAGCGCGUCGGACAUUCAGUACGGUCUUGAGGAGGACCAGCGAAACAGGUUGCUGCGGACGUACAUUCGCAAUGCGUUCACGUUUCACCUGAACGAGAUAUUCUCCGCCGUCCGGAACGAGUACACCGACUGGGACAAACCGAUCCAGCAUCCAAUCAAUAUCAGAGACUCGACGAUGGAAGCCUUGAGCGAUGGGCAUACGGUGGCGCCCAUCAUUAAGGUGGCUUAUCUGCAUGCGCGGCGUGGUGCUAAGACGUACAUGUUUCACUUUGGGUAUCAGAGCAAGGAGAGUGAAUAUCCACAGCGACUGGGAAGCGUUCGGGGCGAGGACCUGCCGUACAUCUUCGGACUGCCGCUGGUGCAGGGUGGUACGGUCUUUCCGCAGAACUUCUCGCGCCAGGAUACGGGCGUCAACGAGGCAGUGCUGAACUUCGUGACCAACUUCUGCAAAACGGGUGACCCGAACGAGGCCGGCCAGCAGCAAGCACAGCCGCUCCCGCCCGACUACGGCACGGCGAAGGAGCGCACCCGGUUCCGGCUUAUCACGUGGGAAACGUACGAAACCACCACGCAGCAGUAUCUUAGCAUCUCAACGAAGCCAAAAAUGCGCAGCCACUACCGGGGACACAAGAUGGCACUUUGGUUGAACCUCAUUCCGCAACUUCACCGACCGGGUGACCCGGAAGUUUCCAUGCGACACCAUCACUUCCGCGAGCGGGAACCACACUACUAUGCCGGAUCAGUACGUGCCGAGUCGUUCAGCCGUCCGCGAUCGCUCUACCAGAACGGCGUCAUCAACGAUGCCCAGGAAUCGCGCCAGGAAUCGUUCGGCACCGAGUGUACGCCCGACCCGACGAUGGGCGAAGUCCUGCAGGAAAGUGGCGGCGGUCCGGGCGACACUAUCGCGAACGUGCUCAGCGAGGAGGAGGAAGCGGAACUGCUGGAAAAGCUUGCCAACCGGCACUACUACAGCUACACGGCCGCCCUCGGUGUGACGGUUGGCGUCGGAUGUCUGUUGCUGCUGCUCAACAUGUUGAUCUUCGCCGGUAUCUACUACCAGCGCGACCGCACGAAACGGAAAUCGCAAACCUCGCAGUCGAGCGGCACGGGUGGCGGUGGGAGUGGCGUCACGAGCGGGACAUCCGCCUCCCUGUCGGGCAGCAACGGAACUCCGGACGAAUCGGAAAUUCCACUCACCAGCAUACCGAGUCCAUCGCCGGUCGAAGCGAAGCGUUCGAUUGAGCCACCGCCCAGUUACGCGACACUGCCUAAGCGAACCGGUAGCAGCAAUGGCGCGGGCACGGCCCUUGGAAACGUUCAUCAUCAGCACCAUCAUCAUCAUUUGCAUCAGCAUCUGCUGGGUGGCGGUUCGAGUGGGACGACCGAGACAAAGCUCGGGUCGCCUCCAACGUCCACCCAUCUUCGGACCGGGUCCAGCACGCUUGGACGCUCCGGCGCUGGGAGUUUCUACGACUCGUCCACCACCAGUCGGCAACAUCAGCAGCAGUACUCGGCACAACAACAGCUAAUCUCACCGCACAGCAGUACCGUCGCCCACACGGCAGUGACAAUAACGCCGACCGUCAGCCACCAUCAGACGCUGCCACGUGCCAGCAAAGCUCCGCUACCACCGAUCCGCUCCACGACCAGCAGCAGCAGCGCCUCCACCUCCUCCUGCACCGCUUCUUCUUCCAUUGCGCCACUGACCUCCAUCCUUGUAAAUAGCCUCAACCAACAUCAUCCGCAUCACUAUCAGCAGCGGGACUGCGAGAUGGCAACGUUGCCACCGCAACCGAACAGCAACGUCAUAACGGUGGACCUGGUAAGCUCAACCACGCCCGCCACCGGAAGCGACCCAUCGUCGAUGGGUGGCCCCCAUCAUCAGCAUCACCACCACCAUCAUCAUCAUGCGCACCACCAUGCGAACGGUGGGGGGCCGGUGGCCACAGCCAACACAGGGAACACGGCCGGUGGUCCACCCGCUGGCAGUACGGCCACGCUCAAGAAACGCGUCCAGAUCCAGGAGGUCACCGUAUAGCAUCGGUACAGCACAGCUGACGACGACCAGGAAGCUGUGUGAGGACAAAAAUCAAGGAAACUAGCAGCAACAACAAAAAAGUAAACGCUAAACGAUCGUAAAUCGGUUGUUGAUCGGUCGAGAAGCAAACCGAUAACGAAUGCUUGUCGUCGACAGCGGGUGGGAAUGCAAUCGAUCGGAUCGGGCGAUGGUAAAUAGGAAUGCAUGAUAUUUAAUUUCUCUCGCCAAUAUGCUCACCCUUACGUGCCGAAGCUGCUGGCCACGCUUUUGCUCAAUAUCUUCCGUGCAGUUGAUUGGCACUGCAAUAAUUCUUCAUUUAUGCACCUCUCACUUACCAGAUACAAGACACAGCGGGCACCAAAAAAAAAAAACAUUAAUUCAAUCGAUUGGAAGCAUUUCCAGCAGCCAUUUUCCAACCAUUUUCCAAUCAAUAAAUCUUUCCAUCGCCACCAGUUUCUAAGUGAGUGCAAAAAAUCUCAGACCAGCAGUGAAAGCUUCCGAUCCGCUUUUUGCAACAAGUUAAAGUCGAUUUGGCUGCCUUGGCGCUUCGUGCUGAAUGCUGCCAGCUUCUAGACCCUGCUAAAAGCGGGCAAGAUUAGUCGUAAAAGGAAUGUACCGGAAUGCUUCGAUUCCUUGGUUCUGUAUUCCAGAAUCUUCGCUUAGGGUUUUUUGUUGUUACGUAGACGACGGUGUUUGCCCUUUCGAUCGAUUGCUGCCCCGAGGUCGAAUCCCCAAAUCAAGCUCACAUUCGGGAUGGUAAAAGUGACCGUACCCGGGAGAAUAAAUCUCAACUGUAAAUAAGACACGAUGCCGCCCCGAAUGAAAAAAAAAACCUCAAAAGGGAUGUAUCUAGACAAACCGGGGGUUUUCUUCCUUUUUUCCGGCACAGGUGAGCGGUUCCUGAACUGAAUUGUGACCGGUGAAUGGUUGAAGGUCUAGCAGCUCGCAAAUUCACUGAUUUGUGUGGCGGUAAAGGUAGCGAAAUUUAAGAGUAUAUUCGGAGGAGCUAUCGCAUCGGGCUGCGGAUAUUUAAAGUUAGUGGGUGAAUUGUUUUCCGAACCAAAGGGGUUGAAUAUUUCCGCCAGGGAAUUGGCUCACAAACGGAAUCAAGUUGGAAUUGAAAUUUUAACACUAAACUCUCUCCAGUCAGUUAGCCCUAUGACAUUAAAGCAAAUGUGCGUGUAGAUAAUGGGGGUGCAUCGAGUGAGUAGCAAUGGAAUUUAUUAUCUGUUUGCAUGUGUACAGGCCGCAGCAGUGAAAGGUGAGAUUUGAAUAUCCCCACCCCAGUUCCCUCCUCGAUUCCUCCCUGUUAGUCCCUAUCCUCCUCCCCGUGAAACUGAAAGAACGACUAGUUUAGAAUCUAUUUAGCAAAAACUCAUUAGACAUUUAGUGUUAUAAGAAAAUGGGGAUUGAGAAUAGUUAUGGUAACUAGUGCAAUCGAUUUGAUCAUUAUUUGCAAAGCAAACGUCAGUACAUUUAAACGAGUCAACUGGUCAUCCAAAAAGAGAGAAAAAAGAAGAUAGAUAUUAAUCGUGAGUAAAAAAGCUUCCCAAAGCAACAAAAAUACAUAUUGAAAGGAAGAAAAAGAGAACAAAUGUUUAUAUGAAAAAAUCCAUUACAAAAGAACUACAACCAUUCAGCAUUUGAAAAGCCAGCUUUAUUCUCCAUCUUCCCCAGUGGAAAGCAGGACCAGACGAAAAAAAAAAAACACAGAACAAUGUUGAAUGGCGUUAUGUGUUUGUUGUAACGGUACGUGCGAGACAAAAGCGGCUCGAUGUGAGUGCAUAAAUAGCGCGAGGGCACGCGAUCAGCUUCCGUGGCACGUAUCAUCGAAUGCCGUUAAGGAGUCGUCAUCCAUUUUCAAACACAUUCCAAACAAACACACAUAUACAUCUUGUAACUGUAAGUGUGUGAGAUGGUGCUACGACGCCUUCGUAGGGGCUUUAUCAAAAACCGAUCGAAAGCUGUAGGAUAUCGUGAGACGGUGAGCCAGAGGAGAAGAUGAUAAUAAUAAAUGUUUCAGCGCAGCAAACACAAAUACAUAAACGAAACUGUAGCGUUUGAUGGGA